UGUCAUAAAUGUCAUUUUCUUGUGUGUUCAUGUCGUUUGUGUUGUUAAAUUUUUGAUUAUUUUUAUUGAAUUGUUGAAAUAAAAUCUCAAAACAACGAAGAAAAUAUCUUAUAACUUUUGCUACACGCUCAAAAUAAAUAGUGUGUAUCACGAGUAGUCUUGAGUAUUUUCUCCAAGGAACAUUUUCAAAGACAUCGACUAUCUACUUCCCAUAUUUUAUCAUAACAAAAAUGCAUGAGGCGUAUGAGAUAUCUCAUUUACUCAAUGUUACUUUGCAAAUAGAAGCUAUAGCUGCUUAUGAUUGCAAUCUCUUAAUCGGCACCAGACAAGGCCAGCUGUUGAUGUACUCACUCUCAAAGAGCAGGGAGAAUGGCAAAUAUGAGGUGCAACUUCUACAGCUCUCCAAGAACUUCAGCAAGAAGCCAAUACAGCAGAUAGAAGUUAUACCAGAGAGCAAUAUCCUGUUAUGCUUAACAGAUAAUGUUUUAGCUACAUAUGAUUUAGGAGGAACCAACUUUCCUUUACUGAAGACAUUUCAGGAGACCAAGGGUGCAUCUAUAUUUGCUCUAGACAACAAGCCUGCUACAUCAAUAACUGGAGAAUCCAAGUCAGUGGUCCGACUCUGCGUGGCAGUCAGAAGGAAGCUGUUCAUUUACUUCUAUGAUGCUAAGAAUGGCGAGUUCAAGAAGCACAUAUUUGACUUCACCGUGCCCGAUGUGCCGAAGGCCAUGACCUGGGGCCAGGAGUACUUGUGUGUUGGCUUCAAAGCCGAGUAUACCUUGUUUGAUCUAUCAUCAGGGAACCCCAAGGAGUUAUUCCCAACAAGCAGCUCGAAGUCUCUAGAGCCCACUGUGUCCAAGUACUCUGAGACAUGCUUCCUGCUUGGACGUGACAGCACUUCCGUAUUGGUGGAGGAAGCUAAAGAGAUUGAAAUAAAGAACACUAUCAAAUGGAAGGAGGCACCGGUCGCUGUUGUUUGGGAUGAGCCUUACAUUGUCGGCCUUCUUCAAGAGGAAGUGGUUGUACAAACCAUAGACCCGCCGCUCUUCAUACAAACUCUACCUGAACUGAAUAAGGCGAGAAUGAUGUAUAGAUGCAAGCGCGGCCUCAUAUUCGUGUCGUCGAUCGGGCAGCUGUGGUGCCUCAGCGCGGUGGACGUCACCAAGCAGCGGCAGCAGCUGCUCAAGGACAAGCACUUCCAGAUCGCCAUGGACUUAACGAACCUCUCAGACGCCUCGGAAGAAGAGAAAAAACAAAAAAUACAUUCCAUUCAAAUGAUGUACACUUUGGAGCUGUUUGACAACAAACAGUACUCUCAAAGCAUGAAGGAGUUCAUCAAACUGAACACGGACCCGGCGGAAGUGAUCAAACUGUUCCCGGAACUGGACAACGUUCCCGGGACCGAGGGGAAGAGUGGCACUUUGUCCGGGAAGGAUUUGGAGAAUGCUCUGAACGCGUUGAUAGAGUAUUUGACGGAAUUGCGAUCGAAGAUUGGGAAGGGCGAAGCGAGCGGCAGCCAGGACGAGGGAGGGUCGCAGAGGAAUGUGGCCCAGCAGUUGGAGCUCAUUGAUACUACGCUUCUCAAGUGCUAUUUGCAGACAAACGACGCAUUUGUAGCGCCACUCCUCCGCCUCAACAACUGUCGUCUAGAGGAGGCCGAGCGCACUCUCCUGGCCCACGGGAAGCACAGCGAGCUCAUCAUUCUGUACCAGACCAAGGGACAGCACAUGAAGGCGUUGCAACUACUGAAGGAACAGGCCAAGCAACCGGAUUCUAGUCUCAAGGGGUACCAUCGGACGAAGAGCUACUUGCAGCAACUGGGCGCCGAUCACCUCAACCUAAUAUUCAAGUUCUGCGACUGGAUACUCAAAGAGCAUCCCGAGGAAGGACUCAAAAUAUUCACAGAAGACAUCGCUGAAGUAGAGCAUCUACCGCGACCGAAGAUUCUAGACUUUCUACUGAGAGAACACGAGACUCUAGUCAUACCUUACUUGGAACACGUCAUACAUACGUGGAACGAAACCAACCCGUCUUUCCACGACGCUCUAAUUACGAAAUACAGAGAAAAGAUAACUGAUAAGAAAGCAACAAUAACUGACGAAGAGUUGCAACAUACCAAGUCCAAGUUGGUAGCAUUUCUGGAGGAGUCUAGUUGUUAUACGCCGGAGCGGAUGAUCCUACACUUCCCUAAUGAUAGUCUGUUUGAAGAAAGAGCUAUAGUGCUGGGGAAAUUGGGAAGGCAUGAACAAGCGUUGGCUAUCUACAUACAAGUAUUAGGCGACGUAGACCGAGCCAUCCGCUACUGCGAAACAGUGACCGAACGCAACCCGGACAAGUCGCAAGACGUGUUCGUGACUCUCAUGCGGGCAUUACUCACUCCUGAGAGAGUGAGUGCUCUGACGGGCCCGCUGGCCUCCGCGCCGCGACAUCCGAGGAGCUUGGAGCCUGAUGUGGAGACGGCGUUGGAGAUACUGGAGAAGCAUGCCGAUCAUAUCUCGCCGUUGAAGGCGCUGGCAGUUCUCCCGGACUCGGUGCCUCUGCUGCGGCUGACCCGCUUCCUGCAGGCCGCGCUGGACUCGCAGCUCGCGCUCAAGCGACGCACGCAGCUGCUCAAGGGACUGCUGUAUGCCGAGCACUUGCAGGUGGAAGAGCUGAAGCAGUACCACGAGUCCAAGAUGGUGGUGAUGACGGACUACAACGUGUGUCCCGUGUGCAAGAAGCGCUUCGGCAACCAGAGCGCCUUCGUGCGCUACCCCAACGGGGACAUCGUGCACUACUCGUGCCGGCAGGACAAGUAGACCGAGGUGACACGUAGACCGAGGUGACACGCAGGCCGAGGUGACACGUAGACCGAGGUGACUAGUGGACCGAGGUGACACGUAGACCGAGUGGAACGAGGUAGACUGGAGUCAGAUUAGUAGACUACGGUUGGAUACGAGCUAGACUUCAUUAGUGCGUUGCUUUGCGUCGACGUAAUGUCAUCGCUGCGUCGUUUUUCUUAUAUUUAUAUAUGUCAUUCCCCAUUGAUGACGCUGACGCGUCGUAAUGUAGUGCAACGCACCAAUGGGGCUUCACCCUUGGUUGGCUCACGAC